CUUGGAUUAAUUUGUUAAUAAUCUUUGCCAUGCACCCAUGUUUCGCUAAAUACUCUGCUUACCGAAAAUUUCAAGUUCUCUUCGUCUAUAUCCAAAAGUAUCGGCUUCAUUUGAUUUAGGAUCCCAAGCGCGCUACUUUUGUAUAUAUGGGUGUCAGUUGUGUUUCUUCUGUAAAGUCCUAGGAUGCCAAAGUCUCUCCGCUAUGAUUUGUGUGGCGAUCGAUUAACUUCCCGUCAGUAUGAAUGUAGUAGUAAUACAUACGAUGAGAGUUAUCAACUUCGAGAUGAAUACUCAAGAAAACACAAAAAACAUUCUCACCACUCGAAGGAACAUGGAAACCAUACAUCUAAAUAUUCUAGUCACAAGCACAAAAGGACAAGUGACUGGUCACCUGAAGUCUCCCCUAAUGAUGCUCCUAAGAGAAAGAAAAAGCACAAAAAGCGUUCACGCAGUCAUAGCAGUGGUAGAAAAGUUCCUGUUUCUAGGCGUCACUCUCCGGAAUGUACGGAUAUCAGUUCCUUCAAGUUUCGAUCCAGUCUUAUGUCAGAGUUAUCAAAACAUCACAACUUUAGGGAGAAAAUUUUAAAGGCUCAAAACGUUCAUGGGACACACGAAACCGAAGACGUUUGCCCAGUAUUCACCGAACGUGAUUCAAAACAAUCAAAUGUGAAGUGUUUCGAAGCUCCUAAAUCUGAGUCCUCCCUAAUCCCAUUAGAUGAAAUAGCUUUGCCACCAGAGCCAAGUAAAAAGUUGUCAAGCUUGGUUACCUCCUCAGUCAGCACACCACUGUCUAAGGGAACUGCCAUGCGAGAUUCCAAUCCGGAUUCCACCGUAAAAGAUUCUCAUAGGAUAGAUUUGCCACAAACAAAUAAGUUAUUAAAAACACACCAAUUACCUCUACCUACGGAGACUCCGUGUGAAGAUAAAAAACCGUCUAUCACGGAACUCCCGCUGCCUCCUGGCUUUGACAGCUCAAACCUAGAUACUAUCUUUCCUAAUAAGUCACCAAAGCAUUCCGUCCCUGGGUCGACAGUGAAACCUGCCAGCAGGCAAAGGAUAACUAAACGUCCCAAGAUCUGCGCACUUAGAAGUAAAAGUCGUAAUAACAAGACAUGGGGAGAGCGUUCUGUGACGGCUUUUGACACACUAAUUCAAGUUGGUGAAGGGACGUACGGUCAUGUCUAUAAAGCAAGAGAUAAAAUCACUGGGGAAUACAAAGCACUGAAAAAAGUUAGGCUAGAAAACGAAAGGGAGGGAUUUCCCAUAACCGCUGUUCGAGAAAUAAAAAUACUUCGCCAACUCAGACACCCUAACAUUGUUAAUUUAUGCGAAAUCGUUACAGACAAGGACGAUCCUACUGACUUUAAGAAAGAUAAAGGUGCUUUCUUCUUAGUUUUCGACUACAUGGAUCAUGAUCUUUAUGGUAUCUUAGAGUCUGGAUUGGUGGCUUUCAGUGAACAGCAUAUCGCUUCUCUGAUGAAGCAGCUCUUGGAUGGCCUUAGUUUUUGUCAUGAUAGACACUUUCUUCAUCGUGACAUAAAGUGUUCUAAUAUCCUGAUUAACAACAAAGGACAGCUGAAAUUAGCGGAUUUUGGACUGGCACGUUUAUAUAUCGCUGGAGAUAAAGAAAGACCGUACACGAAUAAAGUAAUAACCCUGUGGUAUCGACCUCCAGAAUUACUCCUUGGUGAAGAAAGAUAUGGCCCAGCCGUUGACAUAUGGUCUUGCGGGUGUAUAUUAGGAGAAAUGUUCACUCGUCGACCAAUGUUUCAGGCUAGCGAAGAAGUUGAACAAUUAGAAGUCAUAUCACGAAUCUGUGGGUAUCCAGAUCCAGCUAUAUGGCCUAAUGUUGAAAAAUUACCUUUCUACUCGACAAUAAAGCCUAAGAAGAUGUACAGACGCAGACUCCGGGAAGAAUAUCACAUCAUUCCACCGCACGCUGUAGAUCUCCUUGAUCAUAUGCUUCAAUUGGAUCCCCAAAAGCGGUGCAGUGCCCGUGAAGCGCUAGCGUCACCGUGGUUACGGAAUAUUGACCCUACAAAAAUUUCUCCACCAAGAUUACCUGUUGACCAAGAUUGUCAUGAAAUGUGGAGCAAAAGAAGGCGACGCAUGUUGCGGCAGGAGCAGGAAGUAAAGGCUCAGAGAAUUAGCCAAGAGACAUCCUCUUCCAAGUUCCCAGCUGCCACAUCCCGUAUUUCCAUAGCAGAUGCUAAUUCUGUUUCAAAUGGACCAUCUCGAAACCAACUAUAUUCAACAAGUAGUAGAUCUGGAUCAGUCAAACAAAGCAUUCCAAACAAACUCUCUAGCGACGGAUUUCGAGACAGUAGUUUCAACAUGACACAACUCCGCCAUCCUCAAAUUUCUACUGAUCCCACCGAUUCCACUACUAAUCUUAAGAAUCAGCUAAGAGACUUAUUGGCAGAUUUCGCAGAUUCUGGAAUAGACCGUUUUAAAGAAUCUAUCACUGAAGCACUGAAAGCAAAUCCUAAUUUAUUAAAAGGAAUGCAAGAAUUACUUGGUCCUAGUGAUCCAAGUGAAAAUGCCUCUGCUGUUCUUGCGUAUAUUUUAUCGUUGUUGGCAGAUUUAAGUAGUCAGAGCUCAACUACUAUGGAAAUGAGUGAUGCAAGUAUCCAAACGGCAUCUUCACAGAUCCAUCCUCAACAUUUGCCACGUGAUUCAAAUAGUCGGUUAACCUAGUAUUACUGCUACUGCCGCCACUACAGCUCUUUCUAAGGAUUCCAGUAUUUUCUGGUGUGAAAGUUCAACUGUUGUGUGCAUUAUACAUAUAUUUCAAUUUUGUUGUAUCUAAACUGUAAAAAAUGAAAUGCUUUAUUGUUUUGUCUUGUUUAUUUAAACGAUGUGCUAUUUUUAGACAGAUAAUGUAGAUAUAAAAACAGAAACUUGUGAUAGACAUUACUCGGAACUUAAUUUUAUACUGAUAAAUUUUCGACCCAAAAAUACAUGUUAUUACUUGAU